CCUCUCUAUAUCAAUUGUUCUGGACUAUCAUAAUUAUAAAUGAAAUGGAUUAUUAACGAUCUUGUAAUGCAGAUUAUUGAAGGAAAUAAAAAUACAACUCUCCACCAAUUCGACGUAGAACCAUGAUAGCUAUUUUUAGAAAUAUAAUUAAUCAUGUACUUUAUGUAUCCUAUUCCCAUCAAUUAUCCUAUAGCUAAACCAGUAUUAAUGCCAUAACCAACAAGCAUGCUCAUUUAGGCAAAAUAUUAGGAAGGACAUAUGGAUUUUAUAUAAACAGGCAUAAUCAAACUGGAAAUUCCAUUAGAUACACCUAAGAAAAACCUAAAAGCGACUAUGACUUUAUAAUUUGAUAUUGUUGCCAAGAGACUUAAUAUUCCAAUAAGAUCUGCUAUAUGAAGAC